CACAGACAGUUCGAAGACGUCAGCUUCAAGGAUACAUAUAUCCCCAGCGAAAUAAAAAUUUAACUCUCACUUUGGACAUUUUAUUUAGCGCUAUCUUUUCGAAAUUCCUGUAGAGCUUCUAUACAGUAUUUUCAAGUUCGCAUCAGAGUUUAUUGUUUAUAUAACAUUCAACUUCUAGCUUUUACGCGAUUGUGAUUCGCGAACUACAAUAUUAAGGUGAAUUGCAAUUUAGUUUCGGAAUUUCAUCACCUUUUACUAAUACCGUGACUUUUCGAAAAUGCCUUUCUUGGACAAUAAAUCGCUGAACGGACAUGGCAACCUGAAGCGCCCCAAUGAAAACGAGUUCUUACAUACCAUCGUCAAACAUGUUAACGAAACCACAUACACAUUUGAAGCACUGCAGGAAAGCGCGCAAUAUCUUUUGGAACGUGUACCUUUCAAACCGAAAAUCGGCAUAAUUUGCGGAUCUGGAAUGGGAGAAUCUGAGCAAAGUGAGUUGUGUCCAGGUUCGAUAGCGGAUUCGCUCACGGAGAAGAAAUCCUUUCCCUACGAAGAGAUCCCGCACUUUCCGGUCUCGACGGUGAAGGGUCACGUCGGGCAGCUGGUCUUCGGUUAUCUGGAGAAUGUACCAGUCAUGUGUAUGCAGGGCAGGUUCCACUACUACGAAGGCUAUCCACUUUGGAAGUGUGCGAUGCCAGUGAGGGUUAUGAAACUUGUUGGUGUAACCCAUUUGCUUGCAACGAAUGCAGCUGGAGGUUUGAAUCCCAAUUACAAAGUGGGAGACAUCAUGCUUGUAAAUGACCAUGUCAACUUAAUGGGUUUCGCUGGAAACAGUCCUCUCCAGGGACCAAAUGAUGACAGAUUUGGACCCAGAUUUCCGCCUAUGAAUAAAGCGUACAACAAGGAGAUUCUGGAAAUCGGUAGUCAGGUCGCAGAGCAGAUGGGAAUCGGUGAUAUCGUUCACAAGGGUGUCUAUACGUGCCUAGGAGGACCUAGUUUCGAGACCGUUGCAGAAUUGAAGAUGCUAAGAAUGAUGGGAGUUGAUGCAGUCGGCAUGUCCACAGUACAUGAAGUGAUUACCGCCAGACAUUGUGACCUGACAGUGUUUGCCUUCAGUCUCAUAACAAACCAGUGUGUAAUAGAAUAUGAAGACCAUGGCGAAGCAAAUCACGAAGAAGUCAUGGAAGUUGGAAAAAGUAGGCAGCCGAUUCUCCGUGAAUUUGUGGGACGAAUGGUUAUCCGUCUUCAGGACAUAAUUAAUUCUGAAACAAAAUGAGACACCAUUUCGCCCUAAAACCAUGAGUCAAUUCAUCUCAAUUCUCAUGAUUGUUUCGGAUUUUUUUUCUCGAAAGUUGAAGGGAAUCGUGAUUAGAUCCCGCCUAAGGAGCUUUUCAAGCUUCACUCUCUUCGAUGUGCAAACUGCAGCUACUUCAAAAAUUCAAGGCGAUUUCUGCAUCAGAGGUCGUUAGGAGAUCUCUUGUUUCAAGAAGCACCCUUCACUCCUCCGGCAUCUUUUAUGUGAAACAAUUGAUCCUAUUGAGUGAAGACCAUUAAGACCCAACAUUAUGCGAAUCGGACGUUUGAUUACUAAAUGGUACUCAAUGAAUUGAGAGCAACACAAAUGGAGAUAAUGAUACAAAAAUAUCUAUAAAAAGUGAUAUUUAUUAAGGACAGAAAUUGUUUCAAAAUAGUUUUAAUCUUCACUUUUAAGUCAUCAUCUUCAUUUACGAGUAAGAAGUUAGUGUAAUUUUUCUUGACGUAUGAAAAGUAUUUCUUAGUAUAAACAUUAAUAGUUUUAAUUCGUGCAACAAUUGCUUAGAAACAAAAAACCAUAUACCUACAACAUGACAAUCUCGAGUAUAAAAAUUUCACAGAAAAUUCUAGAGAUAUUUUCGAUCUGAAGUUGGACAUAAACGUGCAACAAUUGCUUAGAAACAAAAAACCAUAUACCUACAACAUGACAAUCUCGAGUACAAAAAUUUAACAGAAAAUCCUAGAGAUAUUUUUGAUCUGAAGUUGGACAUAUACGUUGCAAACUAUUGAAAAUUACAAUUAUCCGAUGUCAGACAAUUUUUAUACAUCGUCGGAUAAUUGUGGCUUUUAUCCAACUUCAGACGAAAAAUAUCCCUAGGAUUGAUUGUGUUUCAUUUUAAAUGCGAUUUUAUAUUACUUGACGGCACAAUAGUUUUAGAAUUGCAAGACGAAUAUGAUUUUAAUAGAAAGAAGUUAAGAAGUGUUCAAAAAGAAGAAAAUAGGUGCUUGCAUGUGGGAAAAUUAUUUCCAUUCACAAGACGUAUAGUAAAUGGCUUCAGACUUUUACGUUCACUUUCAAACUGUUCCGCGUUUUAGAUAAAACUGUUAAAAGUGAACGACGUACUCAGCUUUUAGAAAGAAAUUUCUCCCACGUCAGCAAUUUUUCUCAAGAUAUCAUUGAAAAGCAAUUAGUGCAAGCCUUUUGCGUCCAAUUGCGCUAUAGGCCGCAAUAAUAAAAUUUAAGAUAAGAAAAAAUGGUUGUAAGAGACCAAAUGUAACCAAU